AGGUCUAUGUAGUCGUGUGAGUUCAAGAGUUGUGAUUAUCUUCACUCGUCUUGUGAAAUGGUAAAUAAUUUGGUCAACAAGCAAGAAGUACCUUCGACGUUUUGAAUGUGUGUUCGCGGUUUAACACACAAGUCAGGUCGUGAGGAGCAUUGAAUACACGCACACACAAACUACAGUCGAGCAAGGAACGUGGUUCUGAAUACCCAUAUUCCUGAGGACACAUACAAGAUGGACUUCCAAGACAUGCUGCAGCAGGCAAAGGACCGGGCAUCGGCCAUUGCCAAAGGUGAGCCAGCCCCCGCAGCCACAGCCGCCCCUGCGGCUGCUGCAUACACCGCCACUGGAGAAGCGGACGCUAACGCCGCAAGUGCAGGCACUAAGCGACCCCACGACGAUGGUGGCGACGAUGACGGUGCAGCCAAGCGUGUCAACACUGGCCUGGGGUACGACCAAUCAUCCAUCAUGCCCACCUCGGAUGUGUACGAUAUACCUACCUCCGCAGCUGGCCUUGUCAUUGGUCGAGGCGGUGAAACCAUCAAGCGCCUGCAGGCCGAGAGCGGCGCUCGCCUGCAGAUUGCGCCCGACUCGCACGAUGGCGUGCACCGCCGUGUGACUAUCACCGGCGACGGCGCCUCUAUCGCCAAGGUACGCUCUCUGAUCAAGGAAGUAGUAGACACAUCUCAGUCCAGUAGCUCAACCGGCGGCAACGCUGAGCCCGAAGAACGCGUGGAGGUCAUGUGCCCCAACAACCGCGUGGGUGUGAUCAUUGGGCGUGGUGGUGAGAAGAUUCGCGAAUUGCAGGCCCACAGUGGGGCUCGCAUCCAGGUGAUACAGGACAACCAGCCACCAGGAGCGAUUGAGAAGCCUGUGGUCAUCUCUGGCGAUAGAGAGAAGGUGGCCAUUGCCAAGAAGAUGGUCGAAGAGAUCAUCGCAGACUCGCCUUACGACAACAGCACCGUCGGCGGGAGCGCUCGUGGGGGUAGUUUCGGGGGUAUGGGCAGCGGAGGCAACUCAGGGUUUGGUGGACAGAGCGGGUCCUACCAGGAGUCCCCGUACGGCACAGUCAAGGUGGAGAUCAGGAUCCCUAGCGACGGGGUGGGUCUGGUCAUCGGCCACGGCGGUAGCACUAUCAAGCGACUGCAGGCGGAGAGUGGGGCCAAGAUACAGCUGGAACAGGACAUGGGCCGGCCCGAACGCGUGGUGACCAUUGAAGGAUUUGCUGAGAGUGUCAAGAGAGGCGAGGCAGCCGUGAUGGAGAUCGUCAACCAACACAAAGAGCGCCAGGGCCGCGGCAGUAUGGGUGGAGGUACGGGCGGCCAUGGUGGCAUGGGUGGUUCCGACGGUCGACCGGAUGUGCGUAUCCCUGUCGACAGUACAAAGGUUGGACUGGUCAUUGGCCGUGGAGGUGAAACCAUCAAGAUGAUCAUCGCAGAGACUGGUGCACGUGUCCAGCUUGACCGAGACGGACCUCAGUACGGGCCUGAGAAGUUUUUCCUGGUCAACGGAACCGAUGAGGAGAUUGCAGCCGCGCGGGCAAUGAUUAUGGAGAAGGCUGGUGGCGGCCCUAUGGGCGGUGGCGGUGGCUACAACAGCCGAGGACCCGCACCUGGCGAUCCUAAUUCCUGGGGACAAGGUGCACCCGGAGGACAAAGCGGUGGGUAUGGCAGCCGAGGCGGAAGCCAGGGAGCUGGAGGCUAUGGACCUCGAGGUGGCCAGGCAGGGCCGGGUGGGUACGGACCCCCUGGAGGACAGAGUUCAGGCGGCUAUGGCAGUCAAGGUGGGGGCUACGGCAGCCAGAGCGCUCAGGGGGGUGGCUAUGGUAGCCGACCCAGCCAGGGGGGACAAUCUGGAGGCUACGGGCAGGAUAGACGCGACUCCAGCUACAGCCAGGGCGCACCAGGGGGGUCAAGUACUGGGCCUAGUGGCGGCGGCUUUAGCGCCCCGGGUGGAGAUAGCCAGGGCGGGUAUGGAGCACCUGGAGCCCAGCAAGGCGCACAGGGCGGGUAUGGAGCUGGCAGUCAGGGCGGGUAUGGUAGUAGCUCACAAGGCAACCAGUCCUCGGCACAAGGUGGCUACGGAAGCCAAGGUGCGGCUGCUGGCGGAUACGGGCAAUCGCAGGGUCAGGGGGCGGGUGGUUACAACAGCCAGGCCCCCGCUGCGGGUGGGUAUGGAGCCAGUCAGCAGAGCGGUUAUACCGCAUCUUCACAACAAUCGUCGUCAGAGCCUGCACCACCGGGACAGGAGAUGUACAAUCAACAACAAGGGCAGCAAGGGGCAAGCGCGGGACAAAGCAGCGAGCAAUGGACGGAACAACAAAAGAUCUGGGCCGAGCAAUGGAAGGAGUACUACGCACAGCAGGCGAAGGCUGGUGGCGAGGGAGCCGCUCAGCAAUGAUGAGAACAUAAGACAACACAGCAGCAAGUAUUCAGUACCCUGUGCAGUUGCUAACGAUGAUUAUACUACUCGCAUCUUUUCUGAAACGGCAUGUAACUGAACGGAAGCAAUCGCUUCAUGCCAUACUAUUUGAAAGAUUGUCUUUGAGAUACCAUCCAUGACCGCUUUGCUCGGACGAAUCACCCUUGUCACUCAUUCAUCGCCUGACGCUGAGUCGUAUUACGAAUAUCACCAAUGCUAUGAUAUUGAUAAUCUGUUGAUAUGAGGAAUGGGAUUAUUGCGAUUGAAUUGGGACUUUCGAUGCACCUAUGUAUUGAUCUAAUCCGAUGCAUGUGCACAUAACAUCUUAUGCACAACGUGCUUAGAUUCGUUGUAAAUAUAUAUUCUCGAACGCUGACCUCGCCAAUGUAAAUAACGCAUCACUCAAAAUGUCGC